AACAGGAUCCAGUGAAUUCCACAAGCAUUCAAUACAAAGAGCUCACCCCUCUUCGCCUCUCGGAGGCUUUUAAGGUGAGCAUCAUCUCUCCUUCAACCUCGAGCUCUCUCUUUCUCUCCCACUAUCCUUGGCAAUGGAGGAUUUUUCAUACGCCAACCUCAUUUGCCAAGAAACCCAACCUCUUUUAGACGCCCAUGAUGGCGACGGUGAUCAAAUAGGAAUAGAACAUGAGCAUAUAGAUGAGUACAUAGAGAUUCUAGUAUCAAAAGAAACCAGCUUUGAGACAAAACGGUGCAAUGUAUUGCUCUCCAGCUGGUUCAAACGGGCUCGCUCUGAUUCCAUCAAAUGGAUAAUGAAGACAAGGGCCUACUUCAACUUCAGCCAUCAGAUUGCGUAUCUUGCUGUAACUUAUUACGAUCGGUUCUUGAUGCGAAGAAGGCUCGAAAAGGACAAAUCUUGGGUAUUUCGAUUAUUAUCCAUCGCUAGUUUAUCCCUUGCUGCGAAAAUGGAAGAAGGUGUUGUCCCUCCCCUCUCUGAAUAUGAAUCGGAGGAGCAUAUAUUUGAUAGCAACACGAUACAGAGGAUGGAGCUCCUCAUACUGAGCACCUUGGAAUGGAGAAUGAACUCGGUUACCCCAUUUGCUUAUCUGAGCUACUUCAAAUCUAAGCUGCAAUUGGGUAAUGAACCAAGGGACUUCGCAUCUAAAUCCGUUGGUUUCAUCUUUGGGAUCAUUGAUGAUAUUAACUUAGUGGACCAUCGGUCAUCCACUAUAGCAGCUGCAGCGGUUUUGGCCGCAUCCGAUCAUCAGAGACUAAACAAACAAGUAGUGGAGUCUAAGUUGAGCAUUUUCUCCUCGUGUGCGGCUCUAGAGCUUGACCAUGUGUUCUCUUGCUACGCUAUGAUGACUGAAGAGUCGAGGAAUUGUCCUAGUGCUGGUGAUAAUAACACAAGUUUCAUCACUAGAAGCAACAAGAGGAGAAGACUAGAGAUGGACAACAUCCAUGAGAAAAAAUCACCCUGACACUGGUUUUUGAGUUGUCUAACGGGUCUCUGGUUUGAUUAAUUAAUUUGUUUGUGUGCAUUUUUUUUUUUUUUUUUUUCCCCGAGAGUUUUGCGUUGGCUUGAAGAGUUUCGGAUAGGUUUGAGUCUUGGAUUCUUUUUUUUUUCUAUUAUUUGGUUAAUGUAAAAAAGAAGAGAGAGGGUGAAAAGCUCUAGCAAAAGGUGAAAUGAUAAAAGAAAGGCCUAACAGGGACCCAAAAGGCCUGAAAAGAUUGGUAGCAAGUGCUGCAAGUUUUGCACGUAGCCCCUCUGUUAUGCGUCGCUGAAUAACUAGUGUGUGUCUGUUUGGAGUAGUCGCCUAUUGUGCUUAUAUAUGUUGUUUCAGCUACAUUAAUUCGAAUUGAAAUGUACUCGAUCGGUGAA